AUGCGACGACUGAAAGGGUCGCAGGACUUGCAAGAGUCGCAAGAGUCGCAAGGGUUGCAAGGGUCGCAAGAUAAGGCGCACGUGAAGGCCGAGGCGAACGGGCGGAAGUCUGAGUCCGAGCCUGCAGAGCUUCGAUCCGAGCCUGCGGGGACACAGUUUGAUUUUGAUUUUGCGGAGUUUCGAUCCGGACGUGCAGAGCAGCGACACAAGCCUUUCGAGCCCCCGUCUGAGCCUGUGGAUCGAAUCUCCGAACUGGUAGAGUUCCGUUUUGAGCCAGCUGAGCUCCAAACCGAGCAAGCUGAGCUCCGUUCCGAGCCUGCUGAGGUGCGAUCCGAGCCUGCUGAGGUCCGAUCCGAGCCUGCUGAGGUCCGAUCCGAGUCUGCUGAGGCCCGAUCCGAGCCUGCUGAGCUCCAAUCCGAGCCUGCUGAGCUCCGAUCCGAGCCUGGUGAGCAAGCACAGGGGCUAACCUCGAUAUCGGAAGGGGAUGUGUUACAGGCGAAUGGUUCUUGUACAGGACUUCCACCCCAGGUGGAAGCUCAGGUGGAAGAUUCAUCAAGUGCCCAGGUGGACCGUCAGGUUCAGAGCCAGCAGAGCAAGGUGAGCCAGCAGCAUGUGCUGCAGCAGCAGCAGCAGCAGCAGCAGCAGCAGCAGCAGCAGCAGCAGCAGCAGCAGCAGCAGCAGCAGCAGCAGCAGCAGCAGCAGCAGCAGCAGCAGCAGCAGCAGCAGCAGCAGCAGCAGCAGCAGCAGCAACAGCAGCAGGAGCAGCAGCAGCCGGAGCAUAGGCAGCUUGGGCAGAAUUGCUCCGUGCCGUCUGACGUGCGCCCUGUGGACGUUGCAUGCCGAGUGCGUGCUGGCCUCGCCUCGCAUCCCGCCACCGCUGCCGCCCGCAUCACCACCUUCACAGCAUAUGGCGACUUCGCUCUGAUCCCCAGCCGCAUCCGUGAGGCACUCCAGCGCACAGGCGUCACUCUCGCGGACGUGCCUAGCGGGCGUAAGGACGCCUCCGACAAAGCCAUUCUCGCAGACCUCUUCCUCUUCGCUCUCGACCACCCUCCGCCCUCCUCCAUCCUGCUCGUCUCUGGGGACGUGGAUUUCGCCCCUGCGCUGCAUAAGCUGCGGCAGAGGGGGUAUGGAGUGCUGCUGCUGGCGCCGGUGUAUGCACAUGCGGGAGUUUCGGCGUCGCUGCUGUCGGGUGCGGGGUUUGUGUGGGAUUGGCUGGCGCUGGUGCGCGGGCAGGGGCUUGUGCCGUUUGUGGGGUUGAAGGGGAGGCGGCGCGCGUCUGGUGGUGCUUCUGCUGCUGCCGCCGCUGGUGCCGCCGCUGCUGCUGCUGCUGCCGGUGCUGGUACAGGUGGGGGGAUGUGGGGUCCUGGUGGUGUGGAUGGGGGGCAAUGGAUGGGAACGAAUGGGCUGGUUCAAUGUCAUUCCCAGCAUCACCACCAGUUGCCUUUGCCGACGGUCCCAAUGCCCUUCGCUGCCCCUCAGCUGCCUUGUUCUGAUACUGGGGUUCUCUCACUUCCAUCUGCUGCUGCUCCGCCUUCCUCCUCCUCCUCCUCCUCCUCCUCCUCUCCUCCUCCUCCUCCUCCUCCUCCUCCUCCUCCUCCUCCUCCUCCUCCUCCUCCUCCUCCUCCUCCUCCUCCUCCUCCUCCUCCUCCUCCACCUCCUCCCUUCCCUCCUCCUCCUCCUCCUCCUCCUCCUCCUCCUCCUCCUCCUCCUCCUCCUCCUCCUCCUCCUCCUCCUCCUCCUCCUCCUCCUCCUCCUCCUCCUCCUCCUCCUCCUCCUCCUCCUCCUCCUCCUCCUUUCCCUCCUCCCAGCCACAUCCUCUACCACCUCUCAAACCUCUUCCCACUUCACACAGGCAUGGAUGGGGGAGUGGGGGGGGGAAAUAGCGAAGAGGUGAGCGUGGAAAGUGGCAAUAAGAGCAACGGGCACGACGCACCUGCGUCCACUCACACGUCCACUCAGACACUUACUGACACGCUAACUGGCACUCAGAUGUGCAGCACUGCCUUGUCUACUGACGUGGUUGUGUCGACUGAUUCUUUGGCUGGGGACGUUUCGAAUCUAUCCCGCCGCCUGCGCCACCUGCUGCAUCUGAACGGGGGGCGUAUGAACCUAACUCGCGUUCCCUCGGAGUUCCGCCGAGUGUUUGGGCUGCGGCUGUGCUUGACUGAGUUCGGCGCAAACAAGAUCGCGCAAGUUGUUGCGAAGAUGGAUGGGCGGGUGAUUGGGGUUGAAGGGAGUGGAGUGAAGCGGUUUCUGGUGCUGAAGGAGGGGUCUGCAGGGGUUGGAGGCGGUGGAGAGGGUGCAGGGCAUGUAGGAAACGCUGGGUAUGCAGGGGAGGUGGGGUAUGGAGGGGACAGGGUUAAGGGAGGUGAUGGUGGUUUUGAAAGGAGCACAGGGAAUGCAGGGGGGUUAGGGAGUGCGGGAGGCUCUUGGAAAGCACCUUUGCUGGUUCCUGUGUCUGUUCUGACUAGUGCUGCUGCUCCUGAUGAUGAUGUGCGUGGGAAAGCGGGGAAGGGGAAAGGCAAGGGGAAGAAGACGGGGACGGGGAUGGGGAUGAAGAUGAUAAGAGGAGUAACGGCGGGUGAUGCUGAGAGGAGGGAAGGUGCAGGAGUUGGCGUGGGACCAGGGGAAGAGGGGAGGGUGAUCGGGGGAGAAGAGGGAGAGGUGGUUGUGGUGGUGGAGGGCGAGAGAGAGGGUGCUGCAAGAAACGAAGCAGUGGAGGAGGAAGGGAGGGGGGUUGAGGGGAAAAUGUUUACAGAUGGUGGCAGGAGAGGAAGGGAGGCGGAAGGAGCAGUUAUUAGUACGGUGGGGGAGGGUGAGAGGCAUGGGGUUUGGGAUGCAGGAGUUGCUGAGAGGGCAGUUUUGCCUGUAUGGGAGCCGUUUGCAGGGUUUGAGGACUUUAGUGGUGGUAUAGUUGGUGGCACAGUUGGUGCAGCUGAUAUCACUGCUGGUGCGGCCCUGUGUGGAUAUGAGACAGUUGGUGUUCGUGCGGUGGCCGGCGUGUGUGCUGCGUUGGCGUGUGCGGGUAGCAGCAGUGCGGCCUUUCCGGACCUAUUGACUGGAGACGAAUGGGUUGGGGCGCAGCGAGAAUCUUGUGACACAGAUGCUGUACUUUUGGAGGAGGAGGGUUUGAGAGAAGCAGAAGCGCAGGCGAAGGCAGGGACGAAGUGCAAGGGAGGGGUUGAGACAGACGCAGGGCCGAGAAGGGCUGCAUCAGAGGCAGGGGUGGAGGCAGUGACAGUGGUAGGAGGAGCAGUGCGGGGGAUACGGGUGGAGGGGAUGAGGCUUGGCUUGCCAAACCAUGCACCUGCAGGUGCAUCUGGUGGGUUGGUUAACCCAGGGUUACCUGGUAACUCGAUUGUUCGUUCUGGUGUGUUCAGUGGCUUCUCCUUUUUACCCGUUUGGAUGUGGAGGGGUGGAGGGGGAGGUGGAGGGAAAGUGCAUGGUGUAGAGGGGUGUGGAGAGAUUGCGGGUAGCGAGGCAAAGGGGGAGACAGAGAGGGGGAGUGGAAGCAGAAGAGGAGGCGGGGGCGAGAGUGGGAAUUGGGAGAGGCUUCUAGGGGAUUGGGAGAAGGUGUGGGGGAGUGAAGAGGCAGGCGGGAGGGGGAAGGGAGAGGAGAGCGGGGAGGAGAGUGCGGAGGAGAGUUGGGGGGAGAGUGGGGAGGAGAGUGGUAAGGAGAGUGGGGAAGUGAAUGGUCAGGAGAGUGUGAAGAAGGGCUGUGAAAGUGGAAAGGAGAGUGUUAAGGGGAAUGUCGAGGAAAGUGGGGAGGAGUUUGGUAAGGAUAGUGGGAAGUGGAGUGGGAAGGAUAGUGGGGAGGAGAGUGGGGGGGAGAGUGGUAAGGAAGUUGGGGGAAAGAGUGGGGAGGAGAGUGAGGUGGAGAGUGGGGUGGGGAGUGGGGUGGAGAGUGCUAAGGAGAUCCAGAGCGAGAGUGAUAAGGAGGAUGGGGAGGAGAGUGGGGAGGAGAGUGGUAGGGAGAGUCGGGAGGAGACCAUUAAGGAGGAGAGUGGGGAGAUAAUUUUUUGGGAAGAAGUAGAAGAGAAGGGAAAGAGGAAGCACAGUGACGACAGAGUUGUGAAGGGGAGUGGGGAGAGUGGUGCAGGGGACUGUGCUCUGCACUGCCUUCCGCUCAAGCCACCCGUUUGUAUGGAGAGUAGUGAGAGCGGAAGAGAGAGUGCUGAAGGUAGUGUUAAGGAGAGCGGGGACGCGAGGGGUACAGAAAGUGGGGGAGAGGUUGGUGGUAAGGUUGGUGGUAAGAUUGGUGGUAAGAUUGGUGGUAAGAUUGGUGCUAAGAUUGGUGGGGAGGAGAGUUGGGGGGGGGAUGGUAAGGAGGUUGAACGGGAAAGUGGGGAGGAAAGAGAUAAGGAGAGUGGUGGGGAGACUGGGAAGGAGAGUGAUAAGGAGAGUGGUGUGGUGAGUGAUAAGGAGAUUGGGGAGGAGAGCGGAGAAGAGAAUGGUCAGGAGGGUGGGGAGGAGAGUGAGAAUCGAGAAGUGGGAAAAGAGAAGGAAAUUUGCAUUCUAGUUAUGCAUGGGAAUAGGAACUGUGUAGCAGAGGAGGAGGUAGAGAGGUGUGGGGGGGAAGGGGACAAGUGGAGUGAGGCAGGGAUGACGGGUUUUGUACAGGAGAAGGAUGGCCGCGGGGGAGGAGAUGUGAUGGAGGGGUUACGGAUGAACAUUGUGAAGGGUGGGGAAAGUGUUGGGGAAGGACGUUUGGUGGGCGUGGAUGUGGAAGGGGGUGACGGGAGGUGGAGAAUGGUUUUUGAGGGAGGAGGGGUGAUGGGAGAUAGAGAGGGAGCACGUUGGGGAGGGUUGGUCGAAGUGGAAGGAGGAUUUGAGGGAGGUGAUGCAGUGGGAGGAAUGGAGGGAAUGGAAGGAAUGCAGACAGGGAGGGUGGUGAGCAGUGGUGAUGAGGAGGGGUUGCUGGGGCAUGGAUGGGAGAGUGUGGGGCAUGGAGGGGAGAGUGUGGGGCAUGGAGGGGAGAGUGUGGGGUAUGGAGGGGAGAGUGUGGGGCAUGGAGGGGAGAGUGUGGGGCAUGGAGGGGAGAGUGUGGGGCAUGGAGGGGAGAGUGUGGGGCAUGGAGGGGAGAGUGUGGGGCAUGGAGGGGAGAGUGUGGGGCAUGGAGGGGAGAGUGUGGGGCAUGGAGGGGAGAGUGUGGGGCAUGGAGGGGAGAGUGUGGGGCAUGGAGGGGAGAGUGUGGGGCAUGGAGGGGAGGGUGUGGAGCAUGGAGGGGAGGGUGUGGAGCAUGGAGGGGAGGGUGUGGGGAAUGGGGAGGAGAGAGUGGGGCAUGAAAGGAAGGAUGUGGGACUUGAAGGGGAGAAUGCACGGCAUAUAAAGGAGGGCAUGGGGCAUGAAGAGGAUGUGCUGGCGGCUGGAAGUGCGAUGGGCGGAGAUGGCGGGGAAGCAGGAGGCAUGGGUGAUGAUGGGAUGCACAUACCGAUUAACCCCCCUGCCUCGCGUUCCACCGACCUCAACCUGCCGUACUUUCCUCAAAAUCCCUUGUUCAAGCUUGAGAAAUUGGUGAAUGAGAUGGCAACAAAGAACCACCCGAACCUGGUGAGGCUGGUGGGGUAUUGCCUGGACUUCAGCCCUGUGACAGAGCGCAUGGAGCAAAUUGUGAUCUACGAAUUCAUGGCCAACGGUGACCUCGAACAGUGGAUCGGCCCUUCCGCAAAGCAGCAUCUGACGAUCCGGCAGCGGCUGGAGAUUCUCAUAGGCAUGGCCCGUGGCUUGGAGUAUCUUCACGAGUUUGGCAUCGUGCAUCGCGACAUCAAACCCGCCAACAUCCUCCUUGAUGAGAAACUGAAGGCGAAGAUUGCGGACUUUGGGUUGGUGAGGCAUGGGGAGGGUACAUCUGUGGCUGCCACUCGAGUUAUGGGAACGCCGGGCUAUGUGGAGCCUCUAGUGGCGGCUAAGGAUGUGGCAAGCUUCAAGGAUCCGUACCUGGAAGCCCCAGAUACCAUGGUGCUGCGCCUGGCUCGCCUUGCCCUCAGCUGCACUGCCAUGCCUACUGCAUCCCGACCGUCUAUGAGCCGAAUCCUCGGAGAAUUGCUCGUUAUUAAGGACGAGUAUUUGGGAGCAAGGGUUGACAGGAUGGCAGUGCGAAUUGACCAGGAGCUGGGAGGUUCAACAAAUGCUGACUUCAAUGUGGAGCUUGCCCGGAUCGAAGGAAUGCAGACUAGCAGUGCAUAUUCUAGCGAUGCAACACGGUGA